GCCCGGGCAGAGUGUGGGGAGCACCCAAGUGGGACCAGAGGAACGUCGUGUGUGGCAGCAAGGAGCCCGCAGAGGAACAUGGCGCUGUUCUGGGGGCUCCUGGUGCUCAGCUGGUCCUGCCUGCAAGGUCCCCUCUCCGUGUUCUCCCCUGUGAGCGCCAUGGAGCCCUUGGACUGGCAGGUAACUGGUGGGCCAAACCAGGAGAGGGUGCCCCCACUUACUCUCCUCAAGUUGGGCAACCAGGAGCCUGGCGGCCAGACUGCCCUGAAGAUUCCCGCAGGAGUCUGCAGCAGAGAUCCCACCCCCGAGCAGACCCGCAGGCUGGCCCAGGCCAUGAUGGCCUUCACUGCCGACCUGUUCUCCCUGGUGGCUCAAACGUCCACCUGCCCCAACCUCAUCCUGUCACCCCUGAGUGUGGCCCUGGCGCUGUCUCACCUGGCACUAGGUUUCUGGAGGAGCAAGUUUGACCCGAGCCUCACCCGGAGAGACUCCUUCCACCUGGACGAGCAGUUCACGGUGCCCGUGGAAAUGAUGCAAGCCCGCACGUAUCCUCUGCGCUGGUUCAUGCUGGAGCAGCCCGAGAUCCAGGUGGCUCAUUUUCCCUUUAAGAACAACAUGAGCUUUGUGGUCCUUGUACCCACCCACUUUGAAUGGAACGUGUCCCAGGUACUGGCCAACCUGAGUUGGGACACCCUGCACCCACCUUCGGUGUGGGAGAGGCCCACCAAGGUCCGGCUGCCUAAGCUGUAUCUGAAACACCAAAUGGACCUGGUGGCCACCCUCAGCCGGCUGGGUCUGCAGGAGCUGUUCCAGGCCCCAGACCUGCGCGGGAUCUCUGAGCAGAGCCUGGUGGUGUCCGGCGUGCAGCAUCAGUCCACCCUGGAGCUCAGCGAGGUCGGCGUGGAGGCGGCGGCGGCCACCAGCAUCGCCAUGUCCCGCAUGUCCCUGUCCUCCUUCAGCGUGAACCGCCCCUUCCUCUUCUUCAUCUUUGAGGACACCACAGGCCUGCCCCUCUUUGUGGGCAGCGUGAGGAACCCCAACCCCAGCGCACCACGGGAGCUCAAGGAGCAGCAGGAUUCCCCUGGAGACAAGGACUUCCUCCACAGCCUGAAAGCCGGCCCCCGCGGAGACAAGCUCUUCAGCCCUGACUUGAAACUUGCGCCCCCCUUGGAGGAGGAUUACUCCGAGCUUGGCAGCCCUAAGUGAGGGGCCGUAGCUGUGGCAUCCAGAGUCCCUGCCUGGACCAGCCUCUCCACUCAUGUGACUCUUUCCAACCUGCUUUGUGGCACUCGGGCAGGGGCCGGGGGGCUGUCUGAGAGAGGCCAUUCUUUCCCAACAUCUCUUGGGGAGUUUAGGGCGUGGGGGGUGGGUGGUUGGGCAGAGGGCAGGCAUCGGGGAGCCGGGAGCCUGACCCUCAUCUUUCUUCCAAACGGGCUCAGAGGGUGUCCUGUGCCGGGGCCUGGGCAGGAGGGAAGUGCUUCUAGUUCUGCCAAGAGACAAGUUGGCUGCUCCCCACGUCAGCUGGGACAUCCCUACUUUUGUUUACCAGAGAGAAAGGGAGGGGGAGAGGGCCGCCUUUGGACUUGUCCCGGGACACCGAGGCUAGGGCGGGGAGAGACGGACCCUGGUGGUGGCCCCGGAGGGACAGCGUUGUCCUCAGCCCCGCGUGGAACUCGAGUCUGGCACAGCCUGACCGCGGCCUAACCUGCUGAGAGCCCAUCAGCCUCCAUCCCACCCCCAGGGCCUUGUCAUCCCAGGCUUCCCACGGCUCCUCGAGAUCCCAACACUGCCAGCAUCUCCCUUCCUUCCUCUCUCCUGUCUCCCUCCUCUGCCCGGGAGCUCAGGAGCCGAGGCAGGGAAGGGUCCUAUGGGCUCCUUAAGGCUCUUUUGUAAGGUUUUUGUAGUGAUUUUUAUGCCACCUGAAUAAACAGUGAAUGGGC